AUGGACAAUGAAGAUGAUGAAAACGAGUCACUGGGACUGCCUGACUCAGAAGUGCAGGAUUAUAUCCAGCGGGUUUAUGGUGUGCAACAAUGGUCUGAUGGCUGUGAAUACAGGGGAGAAUUUGGGCGUAACAUGAAACUUGGAUACGGAGUGUUUGAAUGGAACAAUGGUGAGAAAUACAGAGGGGAAUUUUAUAAGGAUCAUCGUCAUGGCAGAGGUACCUAUAGUUGGCCUGAUGGUUGCACUUUCACGGGGACAUUUUAUCUUAGUCACAGAGAAGGGUAUGGCACCAUGUACUUAAAAAACAGAAUAUUUCAGGGAUUAUACAGGGCCGAUCAACGAUUUGGACCAGGAAUAGAGUCGUACGCUGAAGGUUGUCAAGACGUAGGAUGGUGGUUUCGGGAACACAUAAUUAAAUUGUGUAUGGAAAUUCCCGGCGCUUUUUCCAUUUUGGAUUAUCCGGAGUACAUUCCUUUUCUUACUUUUGAUUCUGCAAAAGGGUGUCAUUCUGAAGAGGAGCUGCUCAAGUGGGAUUUGAAUGAAGAGGAAGACCCCUUUUUUUAUGAUUACAAGCGGUUUCUUUUAAAUGAAGAUUUAACUCUACCGCCAGAAAUGUAUGUUUACUCCACUGAUAAUGAACAUCUUCCUGUGACUCCUGGCAGCAAAAAAGACUUUGAUUUUUAUUUUUUAAUGCCCAAGUUUCCAAUCUUUGAUGACGAGGAUGAACCUUUUUUUGUGAUAAACCAGAGUCCUUUGAUGCUUAAAAUACAAAAGCAUGCUUGCAGAUUCAGACACAAUCUCAGAUGGGCAACAGUCGAGUUACUUCUAAAGCGAGGGGCAGACCCCAACUAUUGCAAAGAGCCCAUGCACGUUCUUUUCUUUCCAGUUAGAGCUGCAGAUGUGACUGGAGUUCAGCUCCUUCUGGAGCACGGUGCAAGAACUGAUGUCCGAUUUCCAUCAAAGAUGAGAGCACUCACUCCUCUCCACAUAGCAGUAGCCCUGCCUCUGGAAGCGGGCAUCAGAAUCACAGAACUAUUGCUUCAUGCUCUUGCUGACCCAGACACGAGAGCUGAAGACCAAGAUGAGGGAUAUAAGAGAGACAAGUUUGACACUUUAAUUUCAUCCAUGAAGCUAAAUAAUGAACGUGGACCACCACCGUCGUAUUAUACUCCAACUAAGACACUACCUGAAGAAGGUGGGAGAAGUCCUUUACAUGUUGUGUGUGAGAGAGAAGAUAACUUUAAGUAUGUAAGGGACAUCGUACGUCUCCUGCUAGUUCAUAAAGCGAAUCCCAAUACCUUGUGGAGUGGCCAUUCUCCACUCUCCUUGUCUAUUGCCAGUGGGAAUGAUAUGGCAGUGCACGAACUUCUCCUCCGGGGAGCAGACCCAAAUCUACCCUUAACUAAAGGGGUAGGCAGUGCUCUUUGUGCUGCGGCCAACCUUUCAUUCGAGCAGAAAAGAUCUGUGGAUGGUAAAAUGGCUUUGGUGGACAGACUCAUACAGUUUGGGGCUGACAUCCUGCUUCCAAUUAAACUGGUCCAAGGAGACAAAUCAGCUGUGGGAACUGCUGUGGAUUAUGCAUACUUCAAAUUCUUCCAGGAUAGGAGGUUAGCACACACCCCAUUACACUCGUUGACCACGCUCGAGCGGGAAACACUGAUGAUGCGUAAAAAAUUCUUAGAGUACAUGGGUUCCCGACUCCGCAGAGCUGUCGUGGCGAAAGAGGAAGAGUGGGAUCGGAAAUUAUUGCUGAUGUCCAAGAAAGGUGAGUAAAAACCAGAACCUGGCAUCAAAAGGGAGGGAAAGAACAUGAAUCGUGGAACCGACAUUUUGUAACAAGGUCAGAUACCUUUCUUCAAGUAUUGCUACCAGUGUGGUCGCUCCAUAGGUGUACGGCUCACACCGUGUCUCCGAUGUUAUGGAAUUUUAACCUGUAGCAAACACUGUAAGGCAAAAGCCUGGAACGAGUCCCACAAACGAGAAUGUGGUGCAGCAAAGGGCGAUACCGUUUCCAAAGUCAAGGAAGAUGAGAAGAAGGCAAAAGAAACUCCUCAGAAGGCCCAGAAAGACACCAAGGGCUAUCCUCGAGGCACACACAAAGACACUGACCAGAAACAGAAAAAGCAGGACAAAACUGGAGGAGUAUCUUGGCCUAAAACUCCUGUCACCCCGAGCCCACCCCCGUACACAGAAAAUUACAGUUUCGUCUGA